AUGUCGGACUUACAGGUGCCUGAGCAUAUCACUCAUGUUGUUUCGGCGGAAACUGCAGUCCUGGAGGAGGGAACCACCUCGUCAUCCUCGUCAUUUGUCCCAAUUGACUCGGUCCAGGAUGCCAUCCAGAUAAUUGACGAGAAUAAGCAGUUUAACCACAAUAUCUUGGAUUAUAUCACGUUGACAUCUCGGCUGCUGGCUGACCACCGUAUCAUUUCUGUGUUUGGUUCACAAUCCACCGGAAAAUCGACGCUUCUCAACCAUUUGUUCAAUACAAACUUCGAUGUCAUGGACGAGGUCAACCGUCAACAGACCACUAAGGGUAUCUGGUUGGCUAUCAGUCCCGGAGUCAACAACCUGGUUCCUUCUGGUACAAAUAUUUCUCUGAACAACGUGUUGGUGAUGGAUGUGGAAGGAACAGACGGAAGAGAACGAGGGGAAGACCAGGACUUCGAGAGGAAAGCAGCUCUUUUCGCCUUAUCCACUAGUGAGGUAUUGAUCGUCAACUUGUGGGAAACACAGGUGGGAUUGUACCAGGGUGCUAACAUGGGCUUGUUGAAGACUGUGUUUGAGGUGAAUUUAUCACUCUUUGGCAAAGCCAAGCUUCACAACAACGACCAUAAAGUCCUCUUGCUUUUUGUGAUCAGAGAUCACAUUGGAGUUACUCCCUUGGCAUCUCUUUCGGCAACAAUCACCCAGGACUUGUUGAAAAUCUGGGACAAUUUGAACAAACCUGCUGAUGUGGCCCAUUUGGCAUUCAGUGACUUUUUCGAUUUGGCCUUCCACACUUUGAGCCACAAGGUGUUGCAGAACGAUAAGUUCUUGGCAGACAUUCGUUUGCUCGGUAACAGGUUUGUGGAUCCAACCGACGAGGGGUUUUUAUUCAAGCCUUUCUAUCACCACGACAUUCCAAUCGAAGGCUGGACCAUGUAUGCUGAAAACUGUUGGGAGCAGAUCGAUAACAACAAGGACUUGGACUUGCCAACACAACAAAUCUUGGUGGCCAAGUUCAAGUGUGACGAGAUUGCGUCGCAGUGCUACGAUGAGUUCUUGACAGUUUUCUCAGAGUAUGAGAAAUCGACCGUGGAUGCCUCCACCACUCACGAUUACAAAGAUGUCGGCUUAACUUUUGCUGACAUGAAAGAUACAGCUUUGGAGAAUUACGAUUUGUCUGCUGCCAAGUACAAUAAGUCUGUCUACAACCAGAAGAGAUUGGCUUUGGGCGACAGAAUCAAUGUUAAGAUACAUGAUCUUUUUACCAUUUUUGCCAACCAAUUGUUGUCCACUUCUGUCAAGGCUUUUUCAUCUGGGUUGAGCAAGAAAUCUAGAAGUGGAACGUUUGUCCAGACGGUGGAGAAGUUGACUGUGUCCAUCACCAAUGAGUACACUGAGUCACUUGCUCUACUUUCCUUAGACGGACAAUUGGACAUCCAGCCACAUAUUAAAGCUUUGCAAGAGGAGGUGGCUAAGUGGGUUACGAAGCAGCAGGUUGUGGAGUUGAACGGGGUAAUUUCUAAGGCGUUGAAGAGACUUAAUAAUGCAUUGAGCACCACCAUUCUUGAUGAGAUCUCCAAUCCCACUGAACAGACCUGGGACAGAAUCACCGAGAGUUUCGAAUCCCUCAGAAGAAAUGCUUUGGCCAGAUAUGAGACUGAAAAUGGAGAUCAUGACUUCAGUUUGGGUACUGAUGCACAAGUGAACGAAAUAGCAGUACGUACGUUCACCUUCAAAUCUUGGGAAUUGUUUGAUUCUUUGAUUCACAAGUAUAUCUCCAAGGAAAAUCUCUUGAACAUCUUGAAGGACAGAUUUGAUGAUAAGUUCCGCUACGAUGAUAAUGGGGUUCCUAAGUUGUACCAGAACGCACAUGAAUUGGAGGCCAGUUUUGGGGAUGCCAAGUCUCAUGCAAUGAAGGCAUUCCCAAUUUUGACACUUGCCAAGUUGUCCAAUGGUACCGAGCUCAAACCACCCUUUGACGUCCACAACAAGGCUUUGAAGCGCAAGUACCAAAGUGUGGAUUUUGGAGCUCAAAUUGAGGAACAGGAUGAAAGCGAGGACGACAGCGAUGACGACGAUUCAGACAAGCGUUUUGCAGAGAUCAUUUCAGAAAAGGAUAAAGCCGAUGUUUUGACUAAGUUUAAGAAGGAAAUCGAUGCCAAAUUUGUCGAAACCAAACGUUCCAUUAUCCAACAUGUGACUCAAAUCCCAUACUACAUCUAUUUGGUAAUUUUGGUUUUGGGGUGGAACGAGUUCAUGGCCGUGUUGCGUAAUCCCAUCUUCUUCACUCUCUUGCUUAUGGUCGGAGCAGGUUUGUAUGUGUUGUACCUGAUGAACUUACUUACUCCAGCAUAUGCGGUGGUGCAGCAACUUGUGGAUGGAGCUGUUGUAGUAGGUAAGGAGAAGCUCCGUGAGUUUCUUAUUGACGAUCAUCAACAGCACGGCCGCAACAUGGCUAGAAUGGCCGGUAAUACAGCAUCGGCACCAGGUUCUGAGGCGACGGACAUUGAGCUUGACGACUUAUCACCCGCAGAAGAUUCUAGUUAG